UAUUCAUCAAAAUAUUUUGAAAUAUAAAUUUCAUAGGUAUCUUUUCGUAAUUUCGAAGUAAAUAUUAUAGAAAUCCUCUAAGUUUUAGUUAUAACAAUAUCAUUAAAUUAUCUAUGAUUCACUGUUUUCUACUAUUUUGGAAUAUUUAUUUACCCAGAUGAAUUGAGUAGUGUUAAGUAAAAAUUCAAAAAAUACAAAAACCAAAUAUGUUUGCAAGAAUAGCUGUAAAUGCCUUAAGAAAUAAACCAAAAAUAGGAUCAUAUAGUGUUUGGAAUCAACAACUAUGUCGUAGAUAUAAAAGUGAUAAACACAGCUCAAUAGUAAAAUCAACUGAUUCAGGUUCGCAAAUUGGACUUGAUGUCAAGCCUUUAGGAGAGAAGGUUAAAGAAACUACCAAGACUGCUUCAUACUUAGGAGUUAUCUUAUUGGGUGUAGCCGUAACAGGUUCCUUGUUUUAUGCGGUUUUCAACGAAUUAUUUUCUAGUAAAAGUCCAAACAAUGUAUAUACUAAAGCAGUAAAAAAAUGUUUAGCAGACACAAGAGUAGAAGAUAAGCUAGGAUAUCCAAUUGUUGCUUAUGGCGAAGAAACAAGAAGAGGACGUCGUCAGCAUCCUACACAUAUUACGUAUAUGCGUAAUGGAAAGCUGUGUAUAAGAAUGAAGUUUUAUUUGAAAGGAUCAGUUCAUAAAGGAACUGUACAUUUGGAAAUGAUGGAAGAUGAUUCUGGAAAAUACGAAUAUCGUUUCCUGUUUGUACAAGUAGAAGAUCUCUUCAACAGUACUAUUAUACUUGAGGACAAUCGUAGCAAAUUGGAACACAUCUCACAGGAUGGUUUGACUUUAAACUUCAAUGAACUUGCAAAUUAUGAUAAAAAUUGAAAUGAAACAAAAUGAUUUUCAGUUGAAUUUAUUUGAUUUAUCCUUGUAAUACAAAACUAGACGAUUUUCGAAUAUGUAAUUCAUGAUUUUAUUACCUAUAUAUUGGAUUAUUAUGUAUAUUACAUAAUAUUGGAUCCAAGCCCAUUUCAUGAUUUGCAUGAAUUGGGGUUUAUAAUAGAAUUGUUGUUCAUUGUAAUGAAUUUUUAGAUUUACCAUAAGAUGAUUUUUAAUCUUAGAUUCUUCAAUAGCUAUCAGAUUGGAUAUUGUUGUUGUUACUAAAAAAAAUAAAAUUUCACAAGUCAA